AUGGAGGACGCGAACGAUGAUACAAUGAUAGAUUUAAUGUGUCAGACGCGCGAGGGGUCGCCUGCAACUGGGAAGGAGCAGGCGGAAACCUUCAGUGACAGAGACAAAGCUGUGUGCUGGCUAGCACUGAAGGCAUUAUGUUUUAAACAUGGUAUUUCCCUAGGCAUAAGGCACUCAGGAAUACCGGGUGCACGCUCCGGGAGUAUAGAACAGAAGCAGCAUGACAUAGAAUCAUACAUGAGGUGUAUUCUGGUAAAUAUAUUUAUGAAGAAAAUAAUGGGAAUGAAUUGUUUAAAGGGACCUGGUGGGCAGUUUGCAUUCCGUCUGGCGAAAGGAUUAAUAAACAAUAUCCAGCAACAGGACGUGGGUAAUAUUGCUUGUGAAGAGCACGAUGCUGGAACAGGAGGGGAUAGAGACAAAGGGAAAAGUGCAAAGGAUAGGGAUUUGUGGGAUAUAAUGACAAGGUGGUUUGAUAGAAAUAAGUUAAAGCUGAAGGAUGGGGAGGUGGGAGUAUUAGGGCAUGAUUGCAAAGUACAAGGACGUGGAAGAGCAUCGGACGGGGAGGCCUUAAAAGAAGACAUAAAGCAAGAAAUUGGGGAACGGAUGAAAGAGGUUGGGGAGGAUUUAGGACGCAAGGCAGCGGAGACAACAUCAUCGGGCACAUCACAAGGCACGUCACAACGCGGAUAUAGCGGAGCAGCACCUAUUGGACGUGGCGUCGCCAACCCCGACCCUGCCAAACCAGCACCAGCCAAACCAGCAGCGGCGAAACCGUCCAAUGCAGGUUCUACAGGAACAUCAUCAGCACCAACGACACCAUCUUCUGACGCAACGACACCAUCCACAGCAACAGCAGCGGAGGGUAAAACGAGUGACACGAAGCAUGCCGACUCCGGGGCAGCCGUCGCACCUGCCGGCAACGAUGACCCCCCUCCUCUCAAUCCACCCAAACCCAAACCGGAUCUGAAUGGGCACUGUCAGGCGGGUGCCGAAGGCGGCUCCCCGGGUGCAACUCCUGCACCUGGUGUUUCUGGUGGGAAAGCAAAGGGAGGUGGAGGCGGCAGUGGAGGGCCCGGUGGAGGUAGUAAUACAGAACAUAGUAAAUCCAGUUCAUCCUCCAGUUCAAGUUCGUCCUCUAGUUCAAGCUCCAGUACGAACAAGGAUACUGGCUUCGGAUUAUCAUUGGCCAAUUCAUGGGCUACGAAGAACAUAGGAGGCCACUUUGGAACAGGUCCCCCACCCGAUCCACACAAUACAAGCUGCACUAAACAUAAGGACGAUGGCCGAGAUGGACCCGACUUAACGAACGACGUCCUUACCGGCACUACUCCCAUCCUGUUUUUUCUCACUUCCGUCAUCGUCGCCCUUCUUGGUUAUUCCCUUUGGAAAGCCUUACUUGUAUGUUCCCAAAAGCAACUCUAA